CCCGUUUCAGACCCGUUGGCACCAGGCUAACAGCUCCCACAACAUCGGCGGCCCUGGACGCCGCUGGCGGCCCACCCUAGGCAGCCCGGCACCACCAAGCAGCCCCACCAGCAUGGAUGAUGUUCACCUUGGGGAAGACCUAGAGGAUAAAGACACAGCGUUCACCUGGGAGGUGAAGGCCAACAACCGUGCCUACCACAAGCAGUUCAGAAAGAAAGGCUUCCUGUGCUGGAGUCAGAAAAAGUACAAGAGCAACGCCAUCCACACAGCCAAGUACAACUUCUUCUCCUUCCUGCCUCUGAACCUGUUUGAGCAGUUUCAUCGCAUGUCCAAUCUCUACUUCCUUCUCAUCAUCAUCCUACAGGGCAUCCCUGAGAUCUCCACACUACCCUGGUUCACGCUCUUUGCACCUCUGGUCUGUCUGCUUAUGAUCCGAGCCACCCGUGACCUGGUGGAUGACAUCGGUCGACACAGGAGCGAUAAUAUCAUCAACAACAGACCCUGCCAGAUCCUGAGAGGGAAGAGUUUCCUGUGGAAGAAAUGGAAGAAUCUGUGUGUGGGGGAUGUGGUGUGUCUCAGCAAAGACAGCAUCGUCCCGGCCGACAUGCUCCUGCUGGCCAGCACAGAGCCUAGUAGCCUGUGCUAUGUGGAAACCGCAGACAUUGAUGGGGAGACCAACUUGAAGUUCAGACAGGCUUUGAUGGUCACUCACCGGGAGCUUACUAGCCCGAAGAAGAUGGCUUCCUUCCAUGGUACAGUGACUUGUGAGGAACCCAACAGCCGGAUGCAUCAUUUCGUGGGGAGCCUUGAGUGGAACGACAGGAAGUACUCGCUGGACAUCGGUAACCUCCUCCUACGUGGCUGCAAAAUCCGCAACACAGACACCUGCUACGGCCUGGUUAUCUAUGCUGGUUUAGACACGAAGAUCAUGAAGAACUGUGGGAAGAUUCAUACAAAGAGAACCAAGUUGGACCUGCUGAUGAACAAGCUGGUGAUCGUGAUAUUCAUAUCCCUCGUGAUUGUGUCUCUGCUGCUGACACUGGGCUUCGCCUUCAUGGUGAGGGAAUUCAAAGGCAAGCACCACUACGUGUUGGCGCUGCAUGCGCGCACAGAGGCCGUGGAGUCUUUCUUCAUUUUCUGGGGCUUCCUCAUCCUGCUGAGCGUCAUGGUGCCCAUGGCCAUGUUCAUCAUUGCCGAGUUCAUCUACCUAGGCAACAGCUUUUUCAUCAACUGGGACGUUAAUAUGUACUACGAGCCCCUGGACAUGCCGGCUAAGGCCCGCAGCACCAGCCUCAACGACCAGCUGGGGCAGGUGCAGUACAUCUUCUCCGACAAGACGGGGACGCUGACCCAGAACAUCAUGACCUUCAAGAAGUGCUGCAUCAAUGGCUGCAUCUACGGUGAUGCCCCCAGCCCACGCCCACCCCAGCUUCCUAGUGAGCGCAACCCAUAUGCCUGGAACCCGUUCGCCGACGGCAAACUCCAGUUCUACAAUAAGGAGCUGGAACACAUGGUGCAAGGCCAGCAGGACACAGUAGUACAGGAGUUCUGGCGUCUGCUCGCCAUCUGCCACACUGUGAUGGUACAGGAGAAUAACAGUGAGUGGCCAGACCAGCUGCUGUAUCAGGCAGCCUCCCCUGAUGAGGAGGCACUGGUCACUGCUGCUCGAAACUUUGGCUACGUGUUUCGGUCUCGGACCCAGGACACCAUCACCCUGGUGGAGCUGGGGGAGGAACGGGUCUACCAGGUUCUGGCCAUGAUGGAUUUCAACAGCGUUCGAAAACGGAUGUCAGUGCUUGUCCGAAACCCAGAGGGCUCCAUCUGCCUCUACACCAAGGGUGCUGACACAGUCAUCCUGGAGCGUCUGCACAAGAAGGGUGCCAUGGAGGCCACCACAGAGGAGGCCUUGGCUGCCUUCGCAGAGCAGACCCUGCGCACCCUGUGCCUGGCCUACAAGAAGGUGGCAGAGGAGGCCUAUAAACAGUGGGAACCAGAGCACCAGGAGGCCACCCUCAUGCUGCAGAACCGGGCGCAGGCCCUGCACCAGGUGUAUAACAAGAUGGAGCAGAACCUGCAGCUGCUAGGAGCCACGGCCAUUGAAGACAAACUGCAAGACGGUGUCCCUGAGACCAUCAAGUGCCUCAAAAAGGGGAACAUUAAAAUGUGGGUGCUGACCGGGGACAAGCCAGAGACGGCGGUGAACAUCGGCUUCGCGUGCAGGCUGUUGUCGGAGAACAUGCUCAUUUUGGAAGAUAAGGACAUCAAACGUUUACUGGAGAACUACUGGAACGAAAGCGAACAGCAGAGGGCGUUCAAGAUGAUGACUCACCACAACAUAGCCUUGGUUAUCAACGGAGAGUUCCUGGAUCAGCUGCUCCUGUCCUUGCGCAAGGAGCCCCGAGCUCUGGUCCAAAAUGCAGUGGUGGAUGAGGCCCCUGAGGAGCCGGUUAUGUCCAGGAUGGACUUCCUCCAGGCGCGGAGGAUCUCCCUGAUGUGGCGAAACAUUGGACUCCCUGACGCAGUCCCCCGUUAGCCGCCUCCAAGAUCCGCGAAAGCCCCGAGGGUUCGGCGGGAGAGGGCCUUUGUAGACCUGGCCUCCAAGUGCCAAGCUGUUAUCUGCUGCAGGGUGACGCCCAAGCAGAAGGCCCUGGUGGUGGCCUUGGUGAAGAAAUACCAGCAGGUGGUGACGCUGGCCAUCGGAGAUGGAGCCAACGACGUGAACAUGAUCAAGACUGCAGACAUCGGCGUGGGGCUGGCAGGUCAGGAAGGCAUGCAGGCGGUUCAGAACAGCGACUACGUGCUGGCCCAAUUCUGCUACCUGCAGCGACUGCUCCUUGUCCACGGGCGCUGGUCCUACAUGCGCGUCUGCAAGUUCCUGCGUUACUUUUUCUACAAGACGGUGGCCAGCAUGAUGGCUCAGAUAUGGUUCUCCUGUUCAAACGGCUUCACAGCUCAGCCGCUGUAUGAAGGCUGGUUCCUGGCUCUCUUUAAUCUGCUCUACUCCACACUCCCGGUCCUAUACAUCGGUCUGUUUGAGCAGGAUGUGACUGCAGAGAAGAGCCUAAAGAUGCCUGAGUUGUACGUGGCCGGCCAGAAAGACGAGUUGUUCAACUACAGCAUAUUCUUGCAAGCCAUCGUCCACGGCACACUUACAUCGCUCAUCAACUUCUUCUUGCCUGUGCUCAUCAGCAGUGACAUUUCCACGUUCGGCAGUUCUAGUGACUACCAGUCCUUGGGGUAACUGGUGGCCAUAUCUGGGCUACUGUCUAUCACCCUGGAGGUUAUUCUUUUCAUUCAGUACUGGACGCUCCUGUGUGUGGGCAGCAUCGUGCUCAGCCUUGGCUCCUAUGUCGUCAUGACAAGCCUCACUCAGAGCCUGUGGUUGUUCAAGAUCUCACCACAGACCUUCCCAUUCCUGUUUGCUGACUACAACGUGCUGAGCCACCCCACCAGCCUGCUGGUGAUUAUCCUCAAUGUGUCCCUGAACACGCUGCCAGUCCUGGCUCUUCGCAUCAUCCAUAGAGUUGUUCCCAAAUUGCGCCCUAAGGAGGAGGAGGAGGUCCCAAGUGAGGAAGAGGAAGUGGCUGUGGAGCCUGCCAUGAGGCAUCUUCGCCGCGGCGUCCCUGCCCGCAGAUCCAGCUAUGCCUUCUCCCACCGUGAGGGCUACGCAGACCUGAUCACCCAGGGUACCAUCCUGCGCAAGUCCAUGGAGGAAUCUGUCUGCGAUUCCCCGAACCCGUCUGAAGAAGACCUACCCCCACAGCAACCCCCACACCACAGGGAGUCAAUAUUUAAUCCGCGAAAGAUCUCCAUCCUGGCUAAGAUGAAGCUGCAGCAUCAUGCAAAAGCAUCCCAGGAGGAGGUCCACCCCGACUCAAGCUUCCAGACAGAGAGACCGGCCACUCUGUCCUUGGACCCCUCGGACACGCGGAAGCCGCUCACCACUCCAAGCGCCACGUCCGUGUCCUCCUCUGAUGACCAGGCCUUCCACAGUGUGCCUUCACGGUACACCCUGGAGAGCCAGGCCAGAGCUCUUGGACGUCAGGUCUGCCUCUUGGAAGGGACUUCCCUGGAAGGACCCAGCCUCUCCUACGCCGAGCCAACUGGAAGUCCCCAAGAAGCAACAUAGCCACGACUCCAGUUGACCAGAAGUCUGUCGCUGGGAGAUCCCCAGUCAUCCAGUACAGUGGGACCGU